UCAUUUCGUGUUUUAGUGCACACAGAACGUUCAUUCUCGAUUAAAAUUGUUUGGUUUUAUUUUUUUAAUUCGUUAUGAUCCCCAAAAAGUUAAUUGUGUUGAAAUCUCUUCAAAAACAGUGUGUUUUCGGUCGGACUAGUGUGAUUUGACCACUGUGUAGCGUAUAUAAACUUACGAGAAUCCCAAAAAAGUUAGUUGUGAUGAAAUAUCUACAUAAACAGUGUUUUUUAGGUCGGACUAGUGUUAUUUGACCACUGUGUAGCGUAUAUAAACUUACGGGAAUCCCAAAAAAGUUAAUUGUCGUGAAACAUCUACAAAAACACUGUUUUUAUGUCGAGCUAGUGUUAUUUGACCACUCUGUACAUUUAUCUACUUACGAGAAUUAGUGUUAUCAGCUUAAGAAUACAAUUAUUCACUCAUUGUGUUAAAAUUUAACUUAUUUAGUGCAUUUCCGCUGAUUUUACGGUGUAAAUUCGAAUCGCGCGGUCUUUUUCGCUGUCAAAUGUCAAAACUGAGCAGUUCUAGCAGUUCGUCGAGUGCGGAACGUAGACGGAACGGGCCGAAAUGUUCCGAACGCGCCUCGUUGAUGAUCGGGAGGCCGGCCAGCUACGGAUCGCUGUUGCCAUAUUUCGAGUUUGUCCGGGCCAGUACUAGUAGACAUGCCAGCAAUCAGACGCUGCACAAGAGUGAGUCCAUGGUAUCAGUAUGCUUCCAGUCGCUGAUCUCAUUCGUCAACAAUGACAACCUACCCGGACUUCAAUCGUUUUUGGAGAACAAGCAAUUUCAAAUCGACGAUAAAGAUGAAAAUGGAACCACUGCUCUCAUGGUGGCUGCCUCCAAAGGCCGCAGUGCUUUUGUCAGAGAACUAUUGGCUCAUGGAGCCGAUCCGAAUGUUGAAGACAACGACGGCUGGACAGCCUUACUUUGUGCAGCCAAGGAAGGACACUAUGACAUAGUGCUGCAACUGCUUGAACACCAUGCUGAUAUCGAUCACAGAGAUAUGGGUGGUUGGACUGCCCUCAUGUGGGCCACCUACAAGGGUCGAACCAACGUGGCCCUUCAUUUGUUGGACAGAGGAGCUGAGGUGAACGCCCAUGGCAAUUUCCACAUUUCUUCUUUGCUAUGGGCUGCCGGAAGAGGUUGUACCGAGAUAGUCCGAGCCCUGAUAGACCACGGAGCUAAAGUAAACGUCGGAGAUAAAUAUGGCACCACUGCAUUGGUGUGGGCUAGUAGGAAAGGGUAUACGGAGAUAGUGGAGAUGUUGCUGAGAGCUGGUGCUAAUGUAGAUACUGCAGGCAUGUACUCCUGGACAGCGUUGCUUGUAGCUACUUAUGGCAACCACGUCGAUGUUGUCAACGUUCUUCUCGAGCACAAGCCCAAUGUCAAUGCGUUAGACAAAGACGGCUGCAGUCCACUUACAAUAGCCUGCAAGGAAGGGUUCUACGAUAUUGCAACGUCGCUUCUGGCUGCAGGAGCUUACAUCAAUAUACAGGAUAGGGCUGGAGACACUAACUUGAUCCACGCAGUGAAAGGUGGCCACAAAAAUGUAGUGGAAGCUCUGUUGAAGAAGUACGCUGACGUAGACAUAUUGGGGAAAGACAGGAAAUCUGCCACGUAUGUAGCUGUGGAAAAAGGCAACGUUGGAAUAGUUAAAUUGUUGCUAAGUCACAACCCUGACUUAGAACACGCUACCAAAGAUGGGGAUACGCCUUUACUGAGAGCUGUCAGAAACAGGAAUACUGAAAUUGUUCAGUUACUCUUAGAGAAAAAAUCAAAAGUAUCAGCUACAGACAAGAAAGGUGAUACAGCUCUCCACAUAGCUAUGAGAGCCAGAUCGAAAGCUAUAGUGGAGAUAUUGUUAAGAAACCCCAAGCAUAGUCAGCUGUUAUACAGGCCCAACAGGUCUGGUGAAACACCCUAUAACAUUGACAUGAACCAUCCCAAAACUAUUUUAGGACAAAUAUUCGGAGCCAGGAGACUGAAUACAAACGAAGAUAACGAGAAUAUGUUAGGUUAUGACCUGUACAGUAGCGCCCUCGCUGAUAUAUUAAGUGAACCAAGUUUGUCCAUGCCUAUUACAGUGGGUCUGUAUGCUAAGUGGGGUAGUGGAAAAAGUUUUUUGUUAAAUAAGCUACGAGAGGAAAUGAAGAACUUUGCCAGAGAAUGGGUAGAUCCGGUCUUCCAGUUCACCAGCCUACUUUUCUUGGUUAUGUUACAUUUCGCCAUAGUCGUAGGCACCUUCGUUUACAUUUUGACAGAAACGACAACUGACAAGCUCCAGCCAGAACUGUGGUCGAUCGGCAUAGCUAUAGGCUUCUAUUUGUUGGGUAUUUUGUUCCUAGUGUUCGUGUGGUUCGCCAGUAAGAGGUAUGAUUGGGACUGGCCUUAUAACUUUAACGUAGAACUCACUAGAAAAAUGAACAACUUAAGACUGGUUUUGCAGAUUUUGUUCUGUCAUCCGCCCGGAAUGACAGGUCAGGACGGUAUAUCGGCUCAACCAAUCAGAUUUUAUUUCACAGAUCACACCAGAGUGAGUAGCACCACUGGGGGUGAAAAUUCGGUAGUUCAAAUGAUCGGUUCCUUGUACGACUCCAUUGAAAGUCAUUACGGUACCAUGGCAACCAGGUUGUACCGAGCCUUCAAACCUAAACCAGUGAAAUCAGCCUCUUCGUGGUCAUGGCGAAAGAUGUGUUGCCUGCCUUACAUAAUCAUUUUCGAAAUAACGUUUUUUAUGGUCAUUCUGGGAAUAAGUGCCUUGACGUAUUACCUAGUUCGUGUCAAUUCAGGUGAAACCAUUACAAUCAAUAUGACCAAGUCAACUUUGGAAAUAAUACUGAUAGUGGCAGCACUGCUUCUGGCAGUGGCCACAAUAGCCAACGCCUAUACUUGGAGUAAAUUGUUUAGGUCUGUGUUGUUCUCGCAAAGACGCCAUUUACAGCGUUCUAUAGCCAAACUUGAGACUGUAAAAAGUGAAGGAUUUUUACAAACACUUAGACAAGAGGUUAAUCUGAUGAAAGAUAUGGUCAAAUGUUUGGAUAGCUUGAGCGCGCAACAAACCAGACUUGUCAUAGUUGUUGACGGUCUUGACAGUUGCGAACAAGAGAAAGUGUUACUGAUACUGGACACUGUCCAUCUGUUGUUCUCCGACGCCAACUCGCCGUUUAUUGUGAUAUUAGCUAUAGAUCCUCACGUCAUAGCCAAGGCUGUGGAAAUGAACACUAGGCGUCUGUUCAGCGAGAGCAACAUCGGCGGACACAACUACCUGAGCAACAUGGUCCACUUGCCCUUCUAUCUACAAAAUUCUGGAUUAAGGAAGGUUAAAGUUGCUCAGCAGACUGCAUCAGCUCACAAGAAAUCAAACGCUGGAGGUUGGUCGGAAAAUGACGAGAAUCUCAACACUUUUCUGGCCAGAUCGUCUUCAAGUCGAAGAUUGUCUAAUGAGAACAUUCUGAUGUCGGCUAGUAGGGAAAAUCUGAAAUAUUCCGGCAAUAGGAAGGGUUCUAGGAAGCUGAAGCUGUCAGAGUCUAUAGCUAGUUCGAUAGGAUCAAAUUUGAACCGAAUAGGUGGUGCUCAAGACUUAACCAAAAUGCUUCUAACUGACGAUUACUUCAGCGAUGUGAAUCCCCGAUCCAUGAGAAGGUUGAUGAACGUUGUAUACAUAACAGGACGAUUACUUAAAGCAUUCCAAAUAGAUUUUAACUGGUACCGUUUAGCUUCUUGGAUCAAUAUCACCGAACAAUGGCCUUUUAGAACGUCUUGGAUAAUAUAUCAUUUUGAUCUCUAUGAAGAUCAGCUAGAUGAUAACACUCCAUUGAAAUCAAUAUACGAUAAAAUUAGGCCAUUGAUUCCUUCAAUCAAAGACUCGGAACCGUUGCUAGAACUGGACAGGGACGAGAAAAAAUUUGACAUUUUCCUAACCUUUCAUCGUUCCAGUCUUUUAGUCAGUGAUUUGAAGAUAUUCCUGCCAUUCACCAUAAACUUAGAUCCAUACCUGAAAAAAGUUAUUAAAGAGGAAACGCAGAAUAUUGAGGAGGUAGGGAUGUAUUCCCCUCAGAUGCGCGCCCCCUACUUUGCACCGCCGCCACUGUCUGCCUGGCACACGCACGUUGAUUGGUCGGGACAGGUUCCAAAUAGACCAGUGGCGUCCACUUCUCAACCUACCAGAGACAGACGUCAGGUUAUGCCUGUACCCAAGAUGGUUCCUGGUCCUUACCAAUCACCAGCCAACACAAUGGCGUCUCCUUGGACACAGUUCGAUGCUUUAAGUAACAUGAGCACUACUUCAAGACAGUCUGCAGGGUUGCCGUCUGUAAUUUUAGAGCCUGGCAUAUUGGAAAACAAGCUUUCCACGUUAAAUGUAGAGGGCGUGUGCAAGCUUCUUUCCAAACUGGAAGAUCUGAACCAAGCUGCUGUUCCAGGGUACAUCAGUUUAAUAAAAGAGCACAAUGUCAAUGGAAGGGUACUUCUGCAUUGCGAUAUAGAUGAUCUUAAGAAGCUACUGAACAUGUCUUUUGGUGACUGGGAGAUGUUCAAGGUCACUCUCAUUCAACUCCGAGAGUACGAAAUUUCCAGUAUUCUGAAGCAAGACGAUUCCAAUCAGUCUGUAGUAUCCAAAAAACCAGAGAGAAAAAGUAGUAUAAAGGGCGUAACAAGUUCAAACAGCGACAAAACUGACGGAAAAAUUCAAACUGAAGUGCCCAGAGAAAGGAAACAGAGCGUCAUAGAAAAACAGGUCACGUUAGAAGAACAAAUGAUAUGCGGAGCCCUACAAACCCUCAACGAAGAAGCUUGCGAGGAUGUCCUUGAAGAAACGGAAGAAACAAAGAUCACCAUCGAUCCGGACCUGCCCUUAACGUCGGUGAUUCCCCCCAGUCCCGACUGUUGUCCCCCAGAUGUCACGUCAUCGCGCGGCCACAGAUCGCGUACGAACAGCACGAGCGGACUAGGCGAGACAGAUUUCGUCAUUCUGCAGUCAUCGUCAUCAGGACAUUUACACUGGCAACCCGUUGGAAUUUCCAUAGCUGGUUACUCGGAGAGUCUGAGCGAACAAAGCUCUAGAGGCAGUUCACAACCCCCAUCUCCUGUACAAGAACGUAGGUCUUUCUCGGAAUCGUCCAAAGGCCGUCAUGUCGUCAUAAAAACCGAUCCAGAGGUCCAGAAAGUCAGCAUUUCCUCCAACACCUCCACUGUAGUCUACGAAACCCAUCCUUCAAAGCCUCUGGUUAGAGCCAGACCAAAUUCCUUAGGCUUAGGUCAUCGGGACUCGCGGCCUCACAAACCUCCUUGCAGGAACAGGUCGAAGAGUAUUGAUCACACUCAGAUGACUACGCGCAAAGACCACAAGAAGAUCAGCCUGGAUAAGCUUCAAAAAUUCCGGGAAAAACUACUACAAUCCAGUCCGGAGUUAAAUGAAACCAGCGACAACGAAAGCACUCCUUUGGUGUCUGAAGUUUCGUCUCCUUCAAACAAAUCUGGAGAAAGCUCGGAUACCAAGACUUCUGAAUCGAUGAGUCUGUCUUUUUGUCAAAAAAGUCCUUCUCCUGAUCUAGAGGAAAAGAAACAGCACACUCGGAGUGAAGAAAAUUUAACAGAAUCUCCAGAAUACUCGCCGUUUCAAGCUCCAAUAAGCGAUAAUGCUGAUCCAGAGGUGAACUGUUCCAGUUCUUAUCGGCUCAGAACCAGGACGAUUUCAGGGGACUCAGAAGGUUCAGAGGGAGGUUUUUUAGACAUGAAAGAGGACAGGUAUAGUUUGAAUAGUCUCUCACAUAAUUACGGGCAUCUGUCAAGGCAAAAUGCCAUGGAGUCGGACGAACAUUUGACUGACGUUUACUGUAACCCGUCCCGGGAAAACUAACUGUCAAUUUUGACGGAUCUGUCAUUUUUUUAGAUAGAAAUUAUCGUCUGUAACAGGACGUGUUUUGAAAAUCAAAAGAUAUACUAAUGCCAAAUGCUUAAACCAGUGUUAUAUUUUGAUCUGUCUGUAUAAAGUAUGUCCAAUGAGACAGGGAAGAUUUCAAGGAUAGACGACAUACAAAAAAAUGACAGGAAAUACAAUUUUUCUGUCGGUUAAAAUGACAGACCACAUCUAUCACUGUCAGAUUUAUUUAUUUAUCUCAAAAAUAUACUCUAAUUUUUUAGUAUAGUGUGUUUUCUGACAAUGACAGUUGACUCUGUCAUUUUGCAUCAACUUUAAAUUGUUUUUUUCUGUCAAUUUUUGAAUGUCGUCUGUCUUCUCACGUUGGAGAGAUUUUAACAAAUGAAACAUGAGAUUAGAAUAAAAUAUUAAAAAUAUUUUUGUUAUACAAAAUUGUUAUGGUAUAUUUAGGGUCCUAAAACACUAAUAGUUUGUAGUAUAAAGACAGUGUUCAAAUUAAAUCACUAAUAGGUUCGAUUUUAAGUGAUACAUUUACCAGUUUUUUGUCUGUGAAUUAUUUUCAUCAGUAUUUUUUUAAUUUAAUUUCCAAGAAUUGUUAGUGUAAAAUAUGGAGCAGAGUUGUAAAUAAAGUACUUGUAUAUUGUUUUAGUUGAAGCAAUAAAAAAACUGUUUUUUUGAUUA